GGCAAAAAGCCAUAACUGCACCUAUCAAUGAGAGAUUGGUGGAAAGUCCCAGCCUGGAAAUCCCCUCAACCAUCCCCGGGCUUUCCGUUCCGUUCUUUACAAUUGCUUCGGAGGAUCUAUAGGGUGCUUUGACAGAGUGUACAUCGAACACACCGAAAUAGAUCUGGUUGAGAAGACUGAAUGGCGCCGUGGACAGCUGUGGUUGGGCAGACUGAAGUGGCAGAAGACCCUGAGCAUCCUUAGGGCUUUGUUGGUACCGACAUAUUGCACAGUUCAGCGUUGGUGCUAGUCCGCGUGGCCAGCACCAUGUCCCAGGGACAGAACUUCCUGCCCAAGUUCCUGUUUGUCAGCAACUUGCUGAAGGCGGUGAAGAUCCGUGAGCGCGUGCCCAACGAUGUGGUGAAGCCGGCCGCCAGCGGUGGGCUCAUGCACCACUUGCGUGGCAUGCACCGCUACACCCUGGAGAUGAUCGGCAUGAGCCAGUUCCCCCAGGCCUUCCGAGAGGUGGUGCAGGCCGCCAUCUUGGAUAGAGCCAUGCAGACCUCCCUGGAGCAGGAGAAGAAGCUGAACUGGUGCCGCGAGGUCAAGAAGAUGGUGCCCCUCAGAACCAAUGGGGAUGGGAACUGCCUGCUCCACGCAGCGUCCCAGUACAUGCUGGGGGUGCAGGACACGGACCUGGUCCUGAGGAAGGCUCUCCACGGGGUUCUGAAGGAGACCGACACGGGGAGCUUCAGGGCUCGCUUCCAGACCGAGCUGCUCCAGUCGCAGGAGUUCACCCAGACAGGCCUGCGCUACACCACCACGAACUGGGAGGAGGAGUGGGAGAAGAUAGUCAAGAUGGCGUCUCCCGUGUCCAGCAGCAACGGGCUGCAGUUUGACUCCCUGGAGGACAUCCACAUCUUCAUCCUCUCCAACAUCCUCCGCAGACCCAUCAUCGUCAUAGCAGACCAGGUGCUGCGCAGCAUGAAGUCAGGCUCCUCCUUCUCGCCGCUGAACGUGGGCGGGGUCUACCUGCCGCUGCAGUGGCCUCCGGGGGAGUGUUACAAGUAUCCCAUAGUCCUCGGCUACGACUCACAGCACUUUGCCCCUCUCAUCACCAUCAAAGACAGUGGACCAGAGAUCCGAGCGGUGCCCCUGAUCAACCCGGGCCGGGGGGGUUUCGAGGAGCUGAAGGUCCACUUCCUGACGGAGAAGGAGCAGCAGCAGAAGGGCCGCCUGCUGCAGGAGUACCUGGUCCUGCUGGACAUCCCCGUCAUCGGCCUGGGCUACGACACCACGCGCAUCAUCAACGCCGCCCGGCUGGAUGAGGGGAACCUUCCGGAGGACAUGAACCUGAUGGAGGACUACCUGCAGCUGGUCAACCACGAGUACAAGCGCUGGCAGGAGGACAAGGAGCAGGUGUGGGCGGCCCAGUCCCAGAGACCCCCCCCCUUCUCCGUCUCCCAGCUCUCCCUCAUCGAGAUCCGCUGCGCCACGCCGCGAUGCACCUUCUACGUCUCCGUGGACACGCAGCCCCACUGUCACGAGUGCUUCGAGAAGCGGCAGGCCAACGGGCACACGGAGGCGGCGCCCACCAAGGGAGGUGGGCAAGGGGGGGUGGAGGUGGAGGCCCGAGGGGGCCGGACCAGCCCGCCGGGCAGAGCGGUCCUGUCCAGCCCCCGCUCGGCCCCGCCCACGGCGCCCAGCCUCAGCCUGUACAGCGAGACGCACGCCAUGAAGUGCAAGACGCCCGGCUGCCUGUUCACCCUCAGCGUGGAGCACGACGGCCUCUGCGAGCGCUGCUUCAACGCCCGGCAGAACGCCCCUCCCCCGGCCGCCAACGCCACCCCGCCCGCCGCUCCCCCCGGGGCUCCCCAGGGCCUCCCGCUCCCCGCCCACCCCGGCUGGCCUCAGUGGGGGGGGCGGGAAGCGGAGGCGGAGAGGUGCAGCAUGUGUCGCCAGGAGGUCUUCAGGGUGUUUAAUGGGCUCUGCACCCCAUGCAUGCAGAGGACUGCCACAGAAAGGGGGGAGCCCCAGCAUAUCACCCCCAGGACUGAGGCCUUGUCGUCGGGCUGGAGCCAGCCCCGGGACUCUGAGAGGUCGGCCACCUCUGUGCUGAACCCCAGCCUGGCCCCCGGCCACGGGCACACGUCAGCCUGGCAGACGCCACUGGCACGACCCUGUAAGAGGUCGGGUUGCCAGUUCUUUGGGACGCCAGAGAAGCUGGGCUUUUGUACCAUCUGCUAUGUGGACUACCAGACCAACCAUCAGUUAGCCCUACCCCCAGCGCCCACACAGAGCCGCCACGCUUCGGAGGCCGGGUUUCAGAAUGCCACGCGGUGUCGCGGCCCUGGCUGCGGGUCACUGGGCAAGGCCAUGCUGGAGGGCUACUGCAACAAGUGCUACGUGAAGGAACAGAGCGCCCGGCUCAACCAGGCCGCCAUCCGCACCCCGCACUCCCCCCCUCUGGUCAUGCGAGCUGCCAAGCCCAAACAGUCCCAGACGCAGACCCAGACUCAGACCCAGACGCAGACCCAGACGGAAACCCAGACCCAGACGCAGUGCAGGCGGAGCGGCUGCAGCAACGAGUCCCCGGGCUGCACGGACCUAUGUCCGGAGUGCCACACGCGCGGCCAGAGGGAGAACCGCAGGGCCCAGGCCCCCAAGGAGAAGUCCAAGCAGAGGUGCCGCACCCAGGGCUGCGACCACUACGCCAACCAGGAGAAGCAGGGCUACUGCAACGAAUGUGACCACUUCAAACAGAUCUAUCGUGGCUGAAGCCAGGGACUGUACCCGACCUAGUUGUGCCAUCCUGUGCCCACCAUGCCAGUCAAUGCACCACUGUUACAAGGACCCUCUCCCCAUGUCAACUGUCUUAGGAGGGUGGGGGAGGGGCGACAGAUUACCUCUUAGUGCAGUUCUAUAAUCUUACAUGUAUAGGAGGGGGAACCAGUGGGACUACUGACUAGCUAACUCAUGCCUACAUUAUGUAUCUACCUAAGGACAUGGUCUAUCACAUUUGGACAAAAUGAUUGUAUGUAAAACCACGAGCAUGAGAUAUGCGUUGCUUUAGAAUCUGGCCAAGGAAUACCAUUUGUCUGUGUGUCUGUCUGUGAAGCAACUACUACUGUAGUUUGUAGAGUUCCAGCGGAAGUUGGACUUGACCUCUUCUGAGCAGUGCCUAGUCGGGCCAAACCAACAGUGCACUAGCAUAACAGGGAAGGAGGCUGGUUACCGUAGAAACCUGGUUACUGCAUAAAUGUGACACGUAAACAGGUUUAGAGUGGGACAGCCAGUCGUCAGUCCCACUGUAAACUGCUGAUGUACAGUGUGUGUGUGUGUGUGUGUGUGUGUGUGUGUGUGUGUGUGUGUGUGUGUGUGUGUGUGUGUGUGUGUGUGUGUGUGCGUGUGCGUGUGCGAGCGAGCGAGAGAGAGAGAGAGAGAGAGAGCUGCAGACACUGGACAGGCAGGACCCUGACAGUAUGGUGCUACCUGUACAGAAAUACAACACUCUUAAUAACACAGAGCCUGUGUGUGUGUGCGUGCGUGCUUAUGCAUGCACAUGUGUGUCACAUUUUAGUCUGGAUAAUACAGUAAAUCUAGAUGGCAGUAAUACUCCACCUUCUCCAUGGCACGGUACAGAGAUGUUGCCUUAGUGGUUGUGUGACACUGUUUUCUGUUGACCACUUUUAUACUCUGGACUGCAGAAUCCCAGUCACUGCUAGCCCUGACAGAGUAGAGCAAAAGGUUAGAGUCUGGUCUCAACCUGUCCUCCGCGGAACUCCAACUGUUGUUGACAAAGCCAGUUAUUGACUGAGUUCAGUUAAUGAACAGAUAAGAGGAGGAGGAGGGAGAGGAGGAGGAGUAGGGGAUUGCCAACAAAGAAGGGAGUGUGUCAGAAGGGAAAGAGAAAAUAACACGAGGUGAAUUCCCCACCGCUGUUCUCCAACCUCUCACCUCGCCCCUGUAGCAGUGCAAACACCACGCCCCUGUAAGGAGAAAGAAAGAGAGAGACAGGCAGGGAGGGAGGGGGAGGGGACAGAUGCAAACAGGUGGAAAACAUGCCUUUGGAAGGUAGGAACCACUGUUCUCCUUCAUCUCUUUGCACGGCCACAGUAGUCUGGGUCCCUUGACAGGAAGUAUUACUUGUCAGGCCCUCUGUGUCCACGCCUAGUCUGUAGCCCUGCAGUGAUGUGCGCCUGUAGUCGGUAGGAUAGUCGUGACCCCUCCGGUUGGCCUGUUCUCCUCUGAGGUCUGCUCACACGAUGCCUCGGCCCUAGACUCGCAGCAGUCUGAGAUCUCCUGACAGAUCUGGGCUUUCUACAACUGACGUUUCUUCUUUUUCCUCAUUCCUGCCAAACAAACUUGACGUGCCAUCAUCUACCCGGCGUUGCUGCUCUGCCCUGCUGUGGACAGCCUGCCUGUUAGAUACCUGCUUAGCUGGCGUCUGUUGACGAGAAGACGUUUUGUGACAGCCUAGCUCUAGAUACAGAGAUGUGCUUAAAUCAGAGUAGAAACACAUAAGGGCAAUUAGCAGUCAGCUUGCCAAGGGUUCUUGAAGGUUUCUGGGUCUGAACUGGAUUCAUAGCAUCACAGACUUGUUGCACAACACUUUAUAAGCUGCUCUGGAAUCUGGCUCGGUACUAUGAUAUGCGUAAGGACAUUCCAAUGGUAGACAUUGCCAAGCAAAGCUGUAACAAAAAUGCAAAGGUGUCAGUUUUGUGUAACCUUUCAAUAAUAGGGUAUUGUACGACAAGCCUUGAUUUGUUUGUUAAGUAUUUAUUCAUAUCAAAUAUAUGUAUUGUGUGAUUAUUUAUAUGUUGUCCUGAAAUGAAUUAUUUUUAUUAAGAAA